CUGGGGAUGGGGCGAAAGCAAAAUUGAAUCUCGGGAGAGCCGCCCUCGGCCACAUGAUGUCGGGAUAAUCUAAUCCAGCGCGACUCUCUCUCGAUCGUUUAGACAUCGAUACUAACAACCAGUGACCCCGCAAAAGGCGAAGAAAAGACUAGAACGCAAGCUAAGAACUUCCCUCCUUCCUCUUUCCGGCGCGCCGCCCGGAGCGACAGACAGAGACGAUGAGCGUCGCGCGGCGGCGGGAGCCACGGAACCGCCGGUCUUAGGGUGGGGAGUGGGAUGGCGAUCGGGACCGGGCCCGGGUCGUGGGGAGCCUCCUCGCGGCGCUCUGCGGAGGAACUCUGGCGGUCGGGCGGCGGCGGCGGCGGCGGGUGGGCCACCGCCGCCGCCCUGCUCCUCGUGCUCCUCUGGCAUUGCCGGCGGAGGCUGAGGCUCUUCUUUUGCUUCCUCUUCAGGUGUGCGCUCCCCUCUGCUUCCUCCUCUUCCGCCGCCGCGUCUCCUCAAAUCGGCGGAUUCUCGGAGGCCGUGUCGGACGAUGAUUUGAGGUUUCUGAUUCGGAAUUUGGACGAGAGCAAUAGCAAUGAGGAGAGAUGGGAGGAUGUUGUCCAGAAAAGGAAUAGUCUGGUCUCAUACUCCGCCAAGUGCUGUAGACCCAAGGAUGGCCCCCUGAAAUACCUGAGUGUGACAGUAUUUGAGAAUUGCUCUCCUGAAUUGCUGAGAGACUUUUACAUGGAUAAUUUUUACAGGCAGCAAUGGGACAAAACUGUCACUGAGCAUGUCCAGUUGCAUAUGGAUAUAAAUAAUGGAACUGAAAUUGGUCGAACGAUUAAAAAGUUUCCAUUGUUGACAGCCAGAGAGUAUGUAUUGGCCUGGAGGCUUUGGGAGGACUCAGAUGGAGCUUUCUACUGUUUUACGAAGGAAUGUCAACAUCCCUCGGCACCACAGCAGAGGAAGUAUGUCCGUGUUAAGUACUUUAGAUCAGGAUGGAGAAUCAGGAAAAUACCUGGCAGGAAUGCGUCUGAAAUUAGAAUGUUCCAUCAAGAAGAUGCCGGUUUAAAUGUAGAAAUGGCAAAGCUGGCUUUUGCAAAGGGCAUAUGGAGUUACGUGUGCAAGAUGGACAGUGCAUUACGCAAAUAUUCAUCGAGUCACAUGCAACAUGGUUCAUCUCUCAGUGCUGUCACUUUCAUCCAGAAGGUACCUCGUGAACUACAAACGUCAAGCGGCCCUAACUCUUCAUCAGGGGCUGCAGCACCUUCAGUUCGUGGUGAAACGAUCACUGAAAAGAAGAAACUAUUGAGAAGACCAUCCAAGAAAGCACUCGCUAAUGGUUUUCUUCUUCUCGGGGGCAUUAUUUGCCUGACUCGUGGCCACUCUUCACUUGGAGCUAAAGUAGCCGUCGGCUACGUGUUGACAAAACUGAGUAAGCGCGGUGCUUCUUCCAGUCAAAGACUGCGGGACUGAGGUACCAAGACCUAUGAAGACGCUGAAGGUCUAAAGAGCAAAGUAUGUUUCGUUACAACACUAGGCUGAUCUAGUCGCACAACGACAGCCGGUUGGAAGGUGUAUAGAAGAGGGGAAAAAGGGAGGUGCGUGGGUUGGAAAACACAGAACAAAAAGGAGAGAUCGAUCCUUAUUUAUAUUUUUCUCUGUGUCUGGUCAAAUGUAUGUAAUUACCUGGAACAAGACUUAACAAAUGUACACAACAGAAUUGUCAGCUUCUAUACACAAACAGCCCAUUCUCCAAAA